ACUCAUGCAGUUUUAGAGCCAUUCGUGAUUGCAACAAACAAGCAGUUGAGUGUGGUUCAUCUAAUUUAUAAGCUUCUCCACCCUCACUUUCGUGACACCAUGACUAUUAAUGCAUUGGCCAGGGAACUUCUUGUGAAUGCAGGUGGAGUAAUAAAGAUAACAUUUUGCUCGGGAAAAUAUUCCAUGGAGAUGUCAUCAGAAAUCUAUAAGAGUUGGAAUUUCUUUGACCAAGCACUCCCCAGUGAUCUCAAGAAAAGAGGAAUUGCAGUUGAUGAUGCAAAUUCCCUACAUGGUCUUCGACUACUGAUAAAAGACUAUCCAUAUGCUGUUGAUGGGUUGAAAAUCUGGUUUGCCAUUGAAAAAUGGGUGAAAGACUAUUGCUCCUUCUACUAUAAGACGGAUGGAAUGGUUCAACAGGACCCUGAGGUUCAAGCCUAGUGGAAGGAACUCCGAGAGGUGGGUCAUGGUUACAAGAAAGAUUAGCCAUGGUGGCCUAAAAUGCAAACUCGUGAAGAGCUGAUAGAAUCUUGCACCAUUAUCAUAUGGAUUGCUUCUGCUCCCCAUGCAGCUGUCACCUUCGGACAAUUCGCCUAUGCAGGCUACUCCCUAAACCGUCCAACACUAAGUCGUAGGCUCAUGCCUGAGAAAGGCACUCCUGAAUAUGCUGAACUUGAGAAAAACCCCGAUAAGGUUUUCUUCAGAACAAUUACUUCGCAGCUGCAAACCUUCAUUGGCAUGUCUGUGGUAGAAGUUUUGUCAAAGCACGCAUCAAGGAGGAUAAACAAGCAAUCUUUUGUAUGGAAGAGCAUCAUUAAACCCAUGACUGAGGCUGAUGUGUGCAGUUUCGUUUUACGUGGAGGUCUUGGCUACAUUUUAGGAAGAGGGGAUUACCUUAAUUUUUGGAGCGAUGAGUGGAUUGAAGGAAUUAUCCUUAAACAAUUGUGCCCAAGGAUUUUCACAUUAGCAACUAACAAGUUAGGCAAAGUAAGAGAAUUUGGCCAAUGGGUUUAAGGAGAAUGGCAAUGGAAAGUGGAGUUAAGACGAAAUUUGUUUGGUUGGGAGAUGGAGAAGUGAGAAAAUUUGAUGAACAUUAUAAAUGUUCAUCCAGUGGUUAAAGGGUAUGAAGAUACGAUUGUGUGGAAAUGAAGUCCUAGUGGAAAGUAUUCUGUUAGCUCUUUUUGUACAUUUUUGGCUUCAAGAGAUAGGCAAGUGAACGAUUUGUGGAGCAAGGUGUGGCAAGGAAAUGUUCCUAUGAAAGUCGAGGUCUUUAGUUGGCGUCUUCUUAAGGAAAAAGUUGUAGUUAAAGCAGAGUUGGUCAAGACAAGUCUAUUAAGGGCUGACUCUGCAAUUUGUGUUUUAUGUAGGGAGAAAGAGGAGACAGUCGAUCAUUUAUUUUUUGAAUGUAUAGAGAGCUAGAAGAUUUGGUCGAGCUGGGUUGAUCAAUGAGGGUUACAAUGGGCAGCUCAAGCCAAAGCGAACCCCUUUUUCUUGAUUAGAAUGAACUUGUAAGGGUAAGGGAUAAGGGAUAAGAGGGUAUGGCGUUUGGUUUUUUUUGCCAUUGUGUGGACUAUUUGGCUAAUGAGGAAUGAGAUCGUGUUCCAAGGUAAGAAUUGGGGCGAUGACCAAUGUUGGGACCUUGUUAGAGUUAAGGUUGCAUGGUGGGCAAAAGCUAAAUGGCUAGUUGACUUUCAACAAUUAGAACAAACUAUCAGAUGCCUUGAGGUGAAUAGACUUCACACUAGGAUUAGGGGAGGUAGACAAACGGUUCAAUGGGAACCACUUAAUAGAGGCUUUCUUAAAUUCAAUGUAGAUGGAGCAGCUAAGGGUAACCCAUGUCAAGCCGCUAUUAGAGGUGUGUUAAGGGAGGAGGAGGGGGUCGUUAAAAUUUUGUUCUCUAUUCCUAUAGGAAUUUCCAAGGCUAACACUGCUAAAGUGAUGGCAAUUAAAGAGGCUUUCAAACUAUUUGGAGUCUCUAAAUGGGUGGGAAGUCAUUGCUUGAUAGUGGAGAGUGAUUCAGAAAAUACAGUUAGUUGGGUUUACAAACCCGAUAAAGCCCCAUGGAGACUUAGUAAAGACAUCCUUGUCUUGGAAGGAAUUCAGAAGAGGAUAAGGGAAUGGCAGCUUAGGAAGAUUAAUAGGGAGGCAAAUGGGGUAGCUGAUGAGUUGGCUAAAUCUGGGGUUCAAAAAGAAGAAAACCUUGUUCUUAUCUUUAAUUAAUUCUUUUUUAUAUGCAUCUUCUUUACCACAUUUUGCUGAGCUUCUUUAGUUUUAUUGAUCCUGGGCUGACCCGUUUUCAAUUUGACUUUUGUAUGGUGCAAACAGCUUGAAUGUUGACUCUUUUUUUUUUUUAGAUUAAUGCUCUGUACUCAGGUGUUAGAAUUCUGAUUAUAAAGAUGAUUAAUAAUUCUUUGGGGGUA